GUCAGAACAAGGACCGAUGCAGGAAGGAGGAAGCAGGGGCGAAGUUCUCGUGUGGCUGCUUCCUGGUACAAAUGGCGAGCGCCAUGAAAACAGGGUUAUUGACAUGGGACUUGACAAAAGUGCUAUUCUUAUUCAUUUGUAUUCACUUUACACGCCCGUUAAAUGCAGUGUCAGAGCCGGGGAAAUGGACCUUGACCGCCAACAGUGAAACUACAAAGAAGCAGAGCUUUUUCCUCUUCACCAAGACUAUGUUUAACAAUACGAGCAUUCAGCUGAAAUGGUUGACGGAACACUGUGACCCUUCGGUUAAACUCAACAUCUCCUGGUACCUCAGGAGCUCCCGCUGCUUCGACGAGGUGUUCGGUCUCGACCCUCUGAAGGCAGGGAGCUACUUCAGGACGACAGAUGUGAAACAGGAAGGAGGAAGUGGGUUCUAUGUGUUCCACCAGUACCCUGUCAUUGAGUGCAAACAGACCAUGACCCACAUUGAGCUCUCUCUCAACAAGUUUGAGGAGCCGACUAGGCUUACUGAGCCAGUUCACGAACAGCCUGUCACUGACAAGGACCAAGCGAUGAGGAAAAGGAGCAAUGAGGAUCCAAAGGAGGCACUUGCUGAGAAAAAUGCCCCCGUCAAAGCAGAGGCAACUGUGGCCACAGGGAAAGCCCCAGCCCCCGCUGCAAAGAAAGAAGUGCAGUUUGCAUCCCAGCACUUUGAUGCAGUGGCCCAGACCUGGGAUGAUGGCCCUUACAUGUUCAUCGUCCACAUCCAAGAGAUCAAGAAGAGCAGCGCUGCCACUGACUCCGUCCCAACACAGAACUGCAACAUCCAAUUGCAAGUCAGUAUGAAAGGACCCCAUGACUACAUCUCAGCUUCGGAAUGGCCUCUUAUGAUCUUCUACAUGGUGAUGUGUGUCAUCUAUGUGUUGCUGGGCCUUCUGUGGUUGGGCCUGUCAGCCUGCUACUGGAGAGAGCUGCUCAGGAUUCAGUUCUGGAUCGGCGGGGUCAUCUUCCUGGGCAUGCUGGAGAAGGCUGUGUACUACGCCGAGUUCCAGAGCAUCCGCUACGACGGCCUCUCAGUCCAGGGGGCAGUAGUGUUUGCGGAGGUCCUAUCAGCAGUGAAGAGGACCCUGGCCCGUGUGCUCGUCAUCAUCGCCAGUCUUGGUUAUGGAAUUGUCAAGCCAAGGCUUGGUGCAUUGUUACACAGGGUGGUUGGGGUGGGACUGCUCUACCUUAUAUUCUCUGUUGUCGAGGGAAUCCUGAGGGUCAAUUCGGGUCAAGGGGGCAGUAGCAGACUACUGUGUGACAUUGUUCUGGCGUUCACUGACUCGUGUGUUGUGUGGUGGAUCUUUAUCAGCCUGGCUCAGACCAUGAAGCUCCUUCGCCUCCGAAGAAACGUGGUCAAGCUCUCCUUGUAUCGCCACUUUACCAACACCCUCAUAUUCGCCGUUAUUGCCUCAGUCAUUUUCAUUAUCUGGACGACAAAGACCUUCAAGUUUUCAAAGUGCCAGUCGGACUGGAAGGAGCUGUGGAUAGAGGAUGCCUUCUGGCGGUUCCUCUUCUCCACCAUCCUUCUGGUCAUCAUGUUCCUGUGGAGGCCUUCGGCCAACAACCAGAGAUAUGCCUUCAGCCCCCUAGUGGACGAUGAGAGUGACGACGAGGAAAAGGAACAGCUGAUGAAUGAUACAUUUGAGGGGGUGAAGAUGAGGGGUCUGAAGUCCGAGGGAAAUGGAACAGCCAAGCCCAACAAAGUGGAUGAGGAUCUGAAAUGGGUCGAAGAGAAUAUCCCCUCUUCAAUGUCAGAUGUUGCACUCCCACCUCUGCUGGACUCUGAUGAGGAGACCAUAACAACCAAAUUUGAGAUGUCCAAAAUGGAAUAGACGCAAGGGAGACGAUGCCUACUGCAGACAAGAGACAGUGCAGCACGUUGGACAACCUUACGUCUGUGUAUGAAGGAUAUUGUUAUCCCUUCCUUAUGAGCUUUGUAAGCAGCGGUUGUAAAUACGAUGGGAUAAACUAUGACGUAAUGAGCAGACUACUUUUCUUUUUUUUUUAUGCCUUUUUAUUUAUAUUUUCAUGGAUAUGUUUUUUUUUUUUUCAUUCAAGAUUAUUUACUACAAAUGGUAUCUUGCCUUUCACUGUUUACGUAGCUAAAGUGCAGAAUGUGAUUUAAAUGUGAUUUCCGCAAUGUUCUUUCUCCAAUAUGCAGCACAAUCAUACACACUCCCUUACAACACUCCCCACACACACUCAUUCUUUUGAUCUGUCUGUCUGUCUCUCUCUCUUUCACUGUUACACACACACACACACACUGCACUACAGUCCCCGGUUCACCCUUUUUCUGUCGUUCUUCUACAAAAAAAAAAAAGGCCAUUAGUGACAUCUCACUGUUCUGUUUCCUCAUACGGCAGCCUUUUAGAGUGACCGCUAUCUAAGCGGGUGUAAUUCUCCAGACAUAGUCAACACACAGUGGACUUGCCUGAGGGCAGAGCAGCGUCACUGCAGGACUGUUUUAUUGUGUCUGUUCCCACUGAUAACAACCAACUAUCUGGUCAGCACAUUCAAUAAUGAUGGUGUUUUUCUUACAGCUGCCUCUUUGUAUUAGCUGUUAUAUUGCCAAAAAUACCUUUUAAGUCAUAUUGUGAGCUUUUGUUUGUUAAUAAAUGAACCGCUAACACGCAUACGAAAACAACAA